AUGCCAUUUCUUGCCCGCGCGUCCUUGUCGGCAGUGUCCAGAUUCUCGAGGCUUACUCCAAUGAAAAAUAUACUUGCGCUGCGAUCCCCCGGCACAAAGCUUAGCAUCGCCCAAAGGCAUAUUCACCAAACCUCUCAUGCACCAGCUACAAGCAAACGUCAGCUUCAACGCAUAACUAAAGCAGAUGGCAAUCGAAUUCUUGCUGCCCAGCGCCUAAAACGCCCUCUUUCUCCGCAUUUGGCUAUUUAUAAAUGGCAAGUGACGUCGGUUAACUCGUCACUCCAGCGGAUCACCGGUGUUGUUCUAUCCGGUGGUCUCUACCUUUUUGGUAUAUCUUACCUAGCAUCUUCAUACUUUGGCUGGGGUCUAUCGUCAGAGUCCCUAUCUGCUGCUAUGGCUAGUUUGCCAUGGUCUGGGAAGGCUGCGGUGAAAUUUGUCAUUGCUUGGCCUUUGAUGUUUCAUACAUUUAAUAAUCUAAGGCACCUGGCUUGGGACAUGGGGAAAGGGUUUGCAAUGAAGACAGUAUGCCAAACUGGCUACCUGUCGGCAGGAAUGUCAAUUAUUGUGGCCGCAGGAGUGGCUCUUUGGUAUUAA